AUGCCGGGCAGGUACGAGACGACGAAGGAAUGGCGCAUGUUAACGGCGGCGUUCCGACACGCACAGUGUGGAACGCACCCUAAGCACCUGCCGAUCCUGCCUAAUAUUCAAAAUCCGCGGCCGCAGGGCACGACGGGGCCGAACGGGCCUCUCAAAAUAAGCGAAGUGGAGGGGGAACUCGACGUCUGGUUCUAUGAACCCCACUUUGGAACCAACGCGCUGCUCGAAGCCGAGCAUUCCGAGUGGCCGGAGAAUCGAAUGUUACCCCUGAACCCCCUUCUGUACGCCUACACGCUGCUGCAGCCUCCCUUUGACAUGAAAUCAAUUUCCGACCAGGUCGCCAACCAAGUGGCCACCACCGACCCUGCCACCGGCGGGAUCGGGAUCGGAACCGGCGGGAUCGGAACCGGCGGGAUCGGAACUGGCGGAAUCGGGACCGACGGGAUCGGGGCCGACGGGAUCGGGACCGGAACUAACCCGACCGGGACUAACCCGACCGGGACUAACCCGACCGGAAACAACACUGCUGGAGCGCACCAAUUUGGUGGUGGGGCCCAGUCUAGUGCUGGGACCCAGCCCGGGGGACUUAACCUGGCUGGGUUAUGGCCUUCGGAGUCCCCCAUCGUAAGCCACUUGUUGUGGAUGAUGAGGCUCCAAUCCUGUCCACGUCCCUAUGCGGAUCGACAGGACGACGGCGAAAGCACGCCGGUGAACAACUCAGCAAGCAAGGCGCUCACGCCUCACAUGCUGUGGAAUGUACAGAGAGUUCGAGCGAAAGAAAAAAUUACGCGACAUUGGAAUGGGAAAGGGGAAUCUGAACGUUCAGAAUUUCCUUCAAUGGCGAAACUACGAGACACCACGUUCGUAGAACAACAUGUGAUGGACCGUAGUGCAUCGCUGUGCGAGACCUUCAAAAACGCAAACGGUGAACCGACCCUAGCGGAACUACUCUUCGGCUUCUUCGAGUACUUCGGUACCAGAAUCAACUACGCUACUGAUGUAACCUUCACCACCAUAACACUAUCCAUACCGUAG